UAAUUCGUCUUCGAUCGUCGUGUGUUCAGACUUCAAUCAUUCUUCUACACAUUAACUUCUGUCAUCGUCUGUCUGCAAAAUGUUUGAGGCUAAACUUAGUCAAGGAAACGUCUUCAAAAAGGUUCUUGAAGCCAUCAAAGAUUUGGUUCCAAAUGCAAAUUGGGAAUGUUCAAGUAGUGGCAUUAAUGUUCAAGCCAUGGACAGUAGUCACGUCAGUUUAGUUUCAAUAUCAUUAGAAGCUGAUGGAUUUGAGCCAUAUAGGUGUGAUAGAAAUGUCAUUCUUGGAAUGGAAACUGCUAAUCUUUCCAAAAUACUGAAGUGUGCUAGUAAUGAUGACAGCAUCACAAUUAAAGCUGAAGAAGGAGGUGACAUGGUGACAUUUCAGUUUGAUAGCCAAAAUGGUGAAAGACAAUGCGAAUAUAAAAUGAGACUUAUGGAUAUUGACAGUGAGCAUUUAGGAAUACCAGACCAGGAAUAUGAUGCUGUUGUGACAAUGCCAUCGUCUGAAUUUCAAAGAAUAUGUCGAGACCUGACACAGAUUGGUGAUUCAGUGACAAUAAACUGUACUAAAGAAGGAGUUAAGUUCUCAGCCAAAGGGGACCUCGGUGAAGGAAAAGUUACUCUCUCACAAAACUCAACCGUUGAUGUUGAAGAGGAUCAGGUUAAAAUUCAGCUCAAUGAACCAGUGGAACUUACUUUUGCUCUCAGAUAUUUAAACUUUUUCACCAAGGCUACUCCAUUAUCCAGCACAGUUAAAAUGUCACUGAAAGAGGAUGUGCCCCUAGUCCUUGACUACAAAGUAGGAGAGUUAGGCAACCUCAAAUAUUACCUUGCUCCAAAGAUUGACGAAGAAGAACCAGCAGCUACUGAUGACUAAAGGCAGCUCACAAGCAUGCAGCCCAAAUGAUGGGAAUCUUAUAUUUUUUGUUGGAAAUUAUUUUACAAGUGCUGAACUGUACAUAGGGACCGCUAAUGAAGGGAACUUUGGUAGUGGGCUUCAGUAUGGAAGAAAUUCACCAGUUGUCAUUGGUUGUUGAAAACCUUUUCAAGGUGUUUCAAACUAAGUAUAGUGGUAAAUUGAAAUAUAUUAAACUUGUUAUUCAGCUCAAA